CCCCGAAAUGAUGGGGCGGUGCUGGCCAAUAGGCGCCCUCGCGGCUCUCUAGGAGGCGGGGCCACGGCGGGGCUGGGGGAAUCCCGCUAAGUGUUUAGAUCGCUGGCCGGCGCCGCUGCCCCGGCAGAGCGCGCCACUCCUUCGUCGAGGUAGGACGUGCGCCGGAGCAAAGGCCGAGCAGAGCCCAGCCAAGCCCAGCCAAGGUCAGCCGUGCCCAGCGGCCCCGCGACCCGGGCAUCCUCUUCCUUCUCCCCGCUCUCACCCGGAAUCGCGCGCGCCGCGCCGGGACCCUCGGGCACAACCGCCGGUUCGCGCCUGCUGCAGAGCCAAGAUGCCCAUCACUCGCAUGCGCAUGAGACCCUGGCUAGAGAUGCAGAUUAAUUCCAACCAGAUCCCAGGGCUGAUCUGGAUUAAUAAAGAGGAGAUGAUCUUCCAGAUUCCAUGGAAGCAUGCCGCCAAGCAUGGCUGGGACAUCAACAAGGAUGCCUGCCUGUUCCGGAGCUGGGCCAUCCACACAGGCCGAUACAAAGCAGGGGAAAAGGAGCCAGAUCCCAAGACGUGGAAGGCCAACUUCCGCUGUGCCAUGAACUCCUUGCCGGACAUCGAGGAAGUUAAGGACCAAAGCAGAAACAAAGGCAGCUCAGCUGUGCGGGUGUAUCGGAUGCUCCCACCCCUCACCAAAAACCAGAGGAAAGAGAGAAAGUCCAAGUCCAGCCGAGACACUAAGAGCAAGGCCAAGAGGAAGUCAUGUGGGGACUCCAGCCCCGAUACCUUCUCCGAUGGCCUCAGCAGCUCCACCCUGCCUGACGACCACAGCAGCUACACAGCUCAGGGCUACAUGGGGCAGGACAUGGAGGUUGAACGGGCCCUUACUCCAGCACUGUCACCGUGUGCCGUCAGUAGCACUCUUCCCGACUGGCACAUCCCAGUGGAAAUCGUGCCGGAUAGCACCAGCGACCUGUACAAUUUCCAGGUGUCGCCCAUGCCCUCCACCUCUGAAGCCACGACAGAUGAGGAUGAGGAAGGAAAAUUACCUGAGGACAUCAUGAAGCUCUUGGAACAGGAGCAGUCGGAGUGGCAGCCAACAAGUGUGGAUGGGAAGGGGUACCUGCUCAAUGAACCUGGGGCCCAACCCACUUCUGUCUAUGGAGACUUCAGCUGCAAGGAGGAGUCAGAAGUUGACAGCCUUGGGGGGGAUAUCGGGCUGAGCCUACACCGUGUCUUCACAGAUCUGAAGAACAUGGACACCAGCUGGCUGGACAGUCUGCUGACCCCAGUCAGGCUGCCCUCCAUCCAAGCCAUUCCUUGUGCCCCGUAGCUGGGCGCCUGGCCUCCUUUUGCUCUCCUAGGCGAGCAGGAUCUGGCAUCAUGGUGGUUGUGAGACAGAGAAGCAGGACUCCUGUGGGCCCCUUGACAUGCAAAGUGUGACCCCACUGCUGAGUGGGGAUGGGGCUGCCCUCCUUGGGACAGUGGCUUUUCAGUGCCUGGCAGGCCAGGGUCUGGGCUCCUCCACUGGGGUAAAGCUGGCCCUGCCUCCUGCGAAGGCGGGCUUCUGAGAUUGGUGUCAGGUGGAGAUCUCAGAGAGGAAUCAGUCCUCCAGCUUUGCCCUCUGAGCCCAACUGCCUGGAGGGGGCCUCGUCACUGAGCUGGCCUGAGGGGACAGAUCAGUGACCUCAGAGAAGCACAGCACCAACCCCAGGGCUGGCUCUGCACUAAGACAAUUGCACUAAAUGAAUCUAUUCCCAAAGAACUGCCUCCCUUCCCAGCUGAGCCCUGGGACCGUCCCAAAGCCAGUGAAAUGUGAAGGAAAAACGGGGUCCUGGGGACCGUGCUCCCUCAGCCUCAGGAGCUCUGCCCUGUUCCCUGCUCGGGCUAAGGGGCUUGGGAAAAACAUGGCACUUUUUCUUGUGGGUCUUACCACGUUGUUAAUCAGAGGUAUACACUAAGUUUCCCAUGAGCGUUUGCAUUUAUUUAUACAGUGCCUUGCCCUGCGCCCACCUGUCUCUUCAGGCAGGCCCCGGCAGCCCUCAGCAGGCCCAGGGAGGGAAGUGUGAGUGCCCUGGUGUGACUUUUAAAAUUGGAAAAGCCACCGAACGACUAAGUCAUAUAUGACCAAAUAUGUACAUGUGUGUAAAUAUGUACAUUUACCUUUUUAUAAAAAGUUAAUUGUU